AUGGAGGGAUGUGCCGAAGCUUCAAAGCGGCCGCUGUUGGAAGAGGAGGACCCAAGUCAUCCUGUGCUUUCACGAGCUGCCCCACGACCGGAUCCUGACACGACGCCUGGCGAUUCAUCCGAAAGCUAUUCACUUUUGCAGGACGAUGUGACCCGAGAAAUCAGUCCCCAUGGGCCCAGUCCGGGACGGAAUCCAGGGCGCAGUCCACAAGGAGCAGAACCGCUACAAGCAAGUCUUCCCACUGGCGGUGUGCUGCACUUGCUCCAAACAGAGGAUGUGCCUCGGAGCGAGCCGCGUCCGAUGGAAAGAAUGCCUGAAAUCCACCAGCGAAGCGCAUCUAGUGCUGAAGAUUCAGUGGUCAUUGAGAUGCACAGCAUGGGUCAGGAUGGGUCCAGAGAGUUGUUGCCUGUGGUGUCGGGUGCUGCAAAUGCCACGAGACAAGGCGAUGACAGGAAUUGCUUCAUUUGCCUUCAGGAUAGUGACAAGGACAAUCCCUUGGUCUCCUGUUGCUCCACCUGCUACGCCUGUACUCACAGACGUUGCUGGCGUGAGUGGCGGAAUAAUCAGCACAGAACAGCCUUGCGGUCGCACUUGCUUGGGCUCCGCAUGCAAACCAAUCACAUGCUGCGUUGUACAAUUUGCAAGUCUGGCACAGCCAUGGUGGAGGGAGAAGAGAAUGGCUUGUCGUGGAUGAAUGAGCUGAUGUGCGGAGGGGAACCAAGUGAGAACAGUUUACUUGGUCGCCUUGUGGCCUUGGGCAACCGCAGGGAUGACUCCGAUGAGGAUCCUGAAGCACAGCUCGAAGACUUGAUCGACACGCGUACCUGCGUGGCGCUAGUGAUCUACUUGGGAAUGCUCAUCGUCGCCAUCAUCAUUGCCUGUCUGCUGAUUGUCACGCAGGGGUUCUGGGCUGGCGACGUGGUACUUUGCUGCAUCAUUGCUCUUUACGAGCUCUCCGUCCUCCAGCUUGUGAUGCUGGCAAUUCUUCGUCGACGGGACAUUGCAACCACUGCGACACAGCAGACCAGGCAGACAGAAGAAGCCCCGAGCACUCAGAAUGAUGAUGCCGACUGCAGACUGCAAAAGCAGCAGAAAAAUCUCCCGUUCGCACGGGGCAUUUGUGGUACCAUGCGGCAUCAAGAUGGCGGGCAGUCGGUGACAAUAUCUCAAGAUCGCCUGCAAGAGUUUAUCCGAGCUGAGCUGAGCUACUUUGCAUCGCGACAUACACAGGCCUUGAGCUUGGAGCAGAUCGUGGAAGCAUCAACACCUGGUAAAGUGGCCAGACUGGUGCACAAGGAGCUUCCGUUCAGAUUUGCUGCUCGGAUCAAACACAUCGAGGCGGUGGCAGGAUGGGAAAAGCAGCUGGAGUUGAAGCAGCUCCAUGAGAUCUUCAUGGACUCCUUCAGUGACUUGCGGUUGGCGGAACCUCCUGACACCGAGGAGAGUGCCUUGACGUUAAACGACCUCAAGGAAUACACAGAGGUGAUCCGAAGCGUGCGGAAACGGCACAUGCCGGUGGUGGCACUUUUGGCCGAGGCUGUGCGGAAGAUGACGCUCAGUGAUCCAUGGAUGGAAGGGGAUGAUUUUCAGUCGUGGGCGGAUACCUUUCUGCUCUCGCGGAUUUCGACGGAAAUGUUGACUUCGCACUACAUGGCCGUGGUAGACUGGCAUGACUCAGUGACUGAGGCUGCCGAGCUUUUAGGCUCCGAUCACAUCGGCAUCGUUGAUACAAAGUGCAACCCUGGGAAGAUUUGCGAGGAGGCGGCAAAGGCUGUCCAAGCAAUGUAUGCCAACCCAAAGUAUAGCCGGCGAGGUCAUGACGACCUAAAGGUUGAGGUUCACUGCCAUUCAGAGUCUGGUUCCGAAGAAGCCAUUGCGUUCUCCUACAUUCCCAAGUACUUGUUCUACAUUGUUCAGGAGUUGAUCAAGAACAGCGCUCGGGCUACUGUGGAGGCUUGCGAAGUUGAUGGCAGAAGAAGCUUGUCUGAAAGGCCAAUUGUUGUGACCGUGUGCGCAGAUCAGAAACAAGUGGCCAUCAGGAUCGCCGAUCAGGGUGGUGGCUUUCCCUUUGGAAAAGCAGAGGAGAUUUGGUCCUAUCUCUUCUCCACCUCGAAGCAACCCUUCCAGGAAUACCUGGAGAGCGGCAGUCCAAUGGCCGGUUGGGGCGUUGGCCUGGCGUUGGGCCGACUCUAUGCCAGGUAUUUAGGCGGUUCAUUACAGCUGAUGAAUGUCCCGGGUACUGGCGUUGACGCGUGCUAG